UGUGUUUAUGUAUGUUAUGCAUUUUAUAUGCAGGGGCCCUUUUCUUGAACAUAUAUCGCAUACGAAAAUGGCAGUUUCGUAUACGACUUUUAACAGUUGGUAUUCAUGAAUGAUUACUACGCGGUCGUAUUCGAAAAAUAUCAUGCGAUUUACAUCGUAUGGGUCAUGGCAUUCAAAAUAAAGAUUCGUAUGCGAUAAAUAACCAAAAUUUUAUAUAACAGUAAAAAUUUCAUAUAACAAUGGCGGUUUUAAGAAGGUUAAUUAAUUUUAAUGUAAUAAAUGUUUUGGAAAAUGCAAACAUUGUGUUUGAAAAUAGAGAAAGAUUUCAACGUAAUGAUCCAUUUGAAUUAAAUAAUUUGGAGUUUAUGAGAUUAUUUCGUUUAAGUAAAGAUAUGGUACAAGGAGUAAUUGACAUAGUAGAGGAAUAUAAUGAUCCAAUUUCAAGAAGAUCAGCAUUAGAUGCGGAACAAAAGGUAUUUACUGCUCUUAGAUUUUAUGCAGUUGGAAGUUAUCAGUUAGGUAUUGGAUGUAAUGGAUAUAUUGGAGUUAGUCAAUCCUCUGUAAGUCGUUGUAUUCGAGAUGUAAACAUAGUACUCAAUCACCCCAAUGUGUUUAACGAAUGGGUUUAUUUUCCGAGGAAUUUAGAAGUGCUUACAACCAUAAGUAAUUUAUUUUAA